AUGGCUAGCAAUGAACAGGAGGCGGGUCCCUACCAGUGCUUCUUCACCAAAGAAGCCCUGGACCAGAGCCUCGAGGCCGCGCACGAGCGAGCUUCCCAGACUCUGCGCGAGCAUGGCCUGCGCGUCUUGCCCACGGAGCCCCGACCGCUGAACCUGAAGGAGUCGUGCGAUCUGGUGGUGUUCUAUGCCCAGAAGCUGCCGGACCUUUGCCGGCUUUGCGCUGCCCCGCCUGAAGUACUCUGGACGGCGCUCAUCUUCUUCAAGAGGUUCUUCGCCGCCUCGUCCCCCAUGGAGUUCGACCCCCUCACCAUGAUGUUUACCUGCGUGCACGUCGCCUGCAAGGUGGAGGAGUUCCGCAACCUUACCUUGGACAAACUCCUCGAGGCUGGUGGCUUCGGAGAGCAAAUGCGGCCACGAGUCGUCGACCUGGAGCUUGAACUGCUCCAGGCUUUGGACUUCGAGCUCCAUGUGGAGCCAAAGGUGCGACCCUCCUUACGGGUCUUGGGCCAGGAGCUUCAGGCCCGGUCCAACAUCGCAGACCUGGAGGAGGCCAUAGACAGGGCCGAAGAUCUGGUACUGCAGCUGUGUGCCAGCACAAACGCGGUUCUGCAAUGGCCGGUCUCCGUCCUCAUCGCAGUGGCCUGGGAGGUAGCAUUGGAGGAGGCGGUGGCAGAGAAGUCUUCACCAGUAUGUUCUUUGUUGCUUGACAACUUCACGGAGGAGAGGCACAAGGUAGAGCUCCGGAACAUGUUCCAGGAAGCUGCGCAGGCCUUCAAGCAGUUGAGCUACAAGGUGGAGCUCAACAGGGAAGCCAUGCAGGAGAUCGCCAAGGCUUCGCGGAAGUGCCAGAAGGCUUUCGAGCGCAUCCGCGAGGAGCACAAGCAGCGGCACGAGGCCCGCUGCAACGAGCGAAAGCGGCGUCGUAACGACGCCAAGACCCCGAACUUCACCGACAUCGAGGCGCUGAAGCGGAAAGCCCAGGCGCUGCGGGGGGAUGCGAGGCCCGGCCUGCAGGAGCCGACCAGCCAGUCUCAUAAGGUUCGGAUGUUCCAAAAUUUCCCGAAGCGCCACGUUCCGAGCACUCGUCUGCAAGCCGCCCUCGAAUCUAGCACGCAGGAGAUAGUUCUCAGAGUUUCCUUCUCAUUUGCGCUCUCCCAAGAAGACCUGCAGCUCUCAGGCGCUGAGGACGACGGAGUGUCGAGCCCCGCGCUGUCGAAGGUGUCUGCCUCCCGAAAGGAACUGCAGGACCUGGCCCAGCGUGGCACGGAGCGGAGCAAUACCUUCCACCUCCCAGUGACGGAGUCCUACCUCAACACGAAGAACGUUAGGAUCGACCGAAAGAAGACGGAGCGCAAUCUGAAGGGAGUUCGAGGGAAGCUCGACGACUUUCUGCAAAGCAGCUUCAGCGAGUACUUGGUUGCCGUCAUCAUUGUUGUGAACUCAGCUAUGUUUGGUGUCCAAGCAGAUUUCGCGGUCAAACAUCCUUUCGAAGACGCUCCUGCUGUCUUCGGAUACAUCAACCUUGCGUUCAACAUUUUUUUCAUCGCCGAGUUGUCCCUUCGACUGGCAGCCUAUGGAUACACCUUCGUCUCCUGCUGGAAUCCAGACUUCAAGUGGAACGUUUUGGACACGGCCUUGGUGUCCCUGUCCCUUUUCGAAGAAGUUUAUGGCCGGAUUUCUGUGGAUGACGAUGGCGGCCGGCACUUGGACAUGACAUCGGCGAGGGUGAUGCGAUUGCUGAGGCUGGUCCGCGUCAUCCGGGUCUUCCGCGUCCUGCGCUUCUUCAGCGACCUGCGGAUCAUGGUCAUGGGCAUCAUGGGCUCAUUCAAAGCCCUGUUUUGGGCGCUGCUUCUUCUCUCCAUCAUCAUCUACGUCACCGGCAUCAUCAUCCUUCAGUUCGUAGCAGACGCCGCCGCCAACCAGCAUGUGGUCAUGGCUCCAGGGCCCGAAUUCGAGGGCAACGCGAUGUUCAACUCGCUCGAGCGUUGCUGCUUUACGCUCUUCCUUUGCAUAUCAGGAGGCAUUAGCUGGGUGGAGGUUGUGGAACCGUUGGAAGAGGUCAAUGGACCCAUCCUGGUGCCACUCCUGUCACUCUACGUGGCUUUCGCUGUGUUCUGCGUGUUGAACAUCGUGACAGGAGUCUUCGUGGAGAGAUCCACCUCCAUGCGGGCGAUGGAUGAGGAGAACAUGAUGUUUGACGAGAUAGAGAGCCGUAAGAAGUGGCUCCGCGAAAUCCGGCACCUUUUCAAGGAAGCGGACAAGGAUGGAUCUGGGCAGGUGGAGUGGCAAGAGUUCGAGCUAGUAAUGGCUGACUUCCAAGCCCAGACCGCCAUGAAGAAUCUGGGCUUCGACACCUCUCGGGUAAGUCCCCAGGUGCUGUGGCACCUCAUCGACUACGACAACAGUGGCCAAAUUGACAUCGAGGAGUUCGCGGAAGCGUUGAUGAAACUCCACGGCUCGGCCAACGCCAUUGACAUCGCCCGCCUUCGGCACGAUACGCGGCGCAGCUUCAACCAGUGA